UUAUAAAGUAGCUGCUGGCGGCGGCUGCUCCGCGGACUCGGAGCCUGCUUCAGGGACCCCGCUGCCGCUGCCCGCGUCCCCCCCGCGCCCUCCUCCCGAUGCCUCCCCCCCGGCUCCCGGUGCUGUUACUGAGCGCCGCCUGGGCACUGCUCACGGUGACCGUGUCGGAGCCGCCGUUACCGGAGCGGCCUGUCCGCUGUGCCCCGUGCUCCGAGGAGAAGCGGGCCGGUUGUAAAUUACCCCCCGGCUGCCAGGAGCUGGUCCGGGAGCCGGGCUGCGGCUGCUGCGGGACCUGUGCCCUGGCCAAGGGCCGCCGCUGUGGGGUCUACACCCCGCGCUGCGGCUCCGGGCUCCGCUGCUUCCCCCGGAGGGGCUGCGAGCGGCCGCUACACUCCCUCCUCCACGGGCACGGAGUGUGCAUGGAACCGGCAGAGAUCGAGGAAAUCCAGGGCAGCCUCCCCCGCGCAGAAUCGGAUGAUUACUGGGAACUGGAACAUCCAGACGGCAGUCACAUCCCGUGCCACUCCUACGACAAGAAAUGCAUCGCCAAACACUACGCUCGGAUUCGCGAGAAAACGCACAGCAAUGGGAGGUCAAAGAACAACCACAUUCGUGAUGAGCCACGAAUAAUGGGACCCUGUCACGGACAGCUGCAGCGAGCCCUCGAAAGGUUUGCCAUGUCAUUGAGUCAGACUCAUGAAAAUCUGUACCAUAUUCCCAUCCCAAACUGCGACAGGAAAGGAUUUUAUCAUCCGAAGCAGUGUCACCCUUCGCUGGAUGGACAAAGGGGCAAGUGCUGGUGUGUUGAACCGAAAACAGGGGUGAAGCUGAUCGGCUCUCCAGAGGUGAAGGGAGACAUUGACUGUCAGCAGUUUCUCCUGGAGCAGGAGAAGGACUGAGUAACUGCUUCUGACAGAAAGAUGCUUCACUUUUCUUUCCAAAGCAAUCCACUGUUCUUUCUGAUACUAUCCUUGUAAGAUGGAGAGGGAGCUAUCACAAGUUGAGUCAGUGUGUUCUGUGAGACGCAGGAGUAUGCAGUCAGAGCUGAUUUACCGAAUCAGUGCUCAGUUACCUAGACAAUCACCAGAAUCCUUUUAAGCUUUUGUCUGCUCCUUAUAGAAGUGUUUCUGUUGUCUAAUGUCUUCCAAUUUUGAUAUUUUUCUGAUGUCCCUGUCACUUGUUCCUGUGGGUUUGCCCCCAUUCUCAAUCUCACACUCCAGACAAGUCCCAAUCUGAGCACCCCAACAGUGGCCCUGUAGCCUGUGGUCAGACAGAUUAGUGAAUGUCAGGCCUCUGUGUAAUCUCCGAGGGACCACAAAGGAAAGCCCCUUUUCACCUGUGUGCCAGUCAAUCGUAACGGUGCUCACUCCCCGAGCAAUCUCAACCAAACUUUGUCUUGCAACAACCAAACAAAUUAGUUGUGUCCUUCCAGUGAACCUGGUGCUAAACAGUCUCACUGCAGCCCCUGAGAAAGGGCAUUGAAAUAUCGGGGAUGGGGGAGACAUGUGUGAAUCAGUAUUAACUCCUACCAAGUGCCAAUAGGGCACUGACACUCCAAAUAAAAUCAGCCACGUCUCACUUAGUGCCUCAUUCCCUCUCAAUGAGAAACCCAGAAACCUGCAGGAGCCUGUUUGGUAUCUGCUCACGGUCCAUAGGAUCUAGAUGCAGUGUUGAAGGGGUUUGUGUUGUCCAUUGGUAUUUAGGGUAGGGUGACCCAACCAGGUGACCAAAUAAAGAGCCCUUCCUUCCUUCUUUCUGUUCUCCUCUUGGUCAUUAUUCUGCCCCUGGCCUUAAUCCUUCUAAUAGCACCCAGUGGGUUACUGAGGCAUGUCCUCCCAAUGAUAUUAACAUCUCACCCACUCAGCCUGUGUCCACUUGCAGUUCAGUGAAACUCUGUGGAUUCUCAGCGAGGUUUUAUAAAUAUCUUCAUCAUUCAUUGAACAAUUUAUACUUUGUCAUAAUCCAGGUUUUUCAGAAUCGUUUCAAAAUAAAGCCAACAAAUUCCAGGAGCAGCUCACAAUUUACACCAAAGAUUGGAGUGGAAUUAACAGGGUCAAUCUGAAUUGAAUUAAAAGAAGUGAGCAGUAAUCUCCCCAGGCUGAAGAGUGUUAUUUGUCUCUUCCAACUACAGGAAUGACCUGAAGAUGUAGAAGGUGCAAGAUAAGAAUGUUAGUAUUUUUAAAAAGGGGAGAGUGGCAGAAGGGAUAUUGAGGUGAUGGUCAUUGAGCCAUUGGGGUGGAUCACUGCACAGAGAGAGUUGGCUGCUCCUGCUGCUCAAGAGAGCAGUCAUUUCUGAGUAACAAGGGGAAGAGGAAUUUAAAAUUGUCUCCUGAUGCACUGUGAUGCUCUGUGUGUGCCUUCAGAAGACAAUGAUGCCCCAAUAGUGUCACUGUAUCAAUAACCUAGAGACUCAAGGAAUGGUUUGACAACAUCAGUUCAGAUCCCACCACACAGACUGGUGGAAUUUUGAUAAUUUAAAUAAACCAGGAAUUGAAAGCUAGUCUCAAUAAUAGUGGCCCUGAAACUAUCAUUGAAUGCUACAAAAACCCACCUGGUUCACUUACCUGGUCUAACCUACAGGUGACUCCAUACCCACAGCAAUGUGGUUGACUUGUAACUGCCCUCUGGGGGGAUGGGCAACCUUGUCAUUGGUGCCCAUAUCCAUAAAGACAAAAAGGAAUAAUCUUUGUGUUUGCAUUGACCUUUCAGGAAGUGAGCCUCUCUCAGUGAGACCUGAGGUGGUUCGGGCUGAUACUACGCUUCAGCCUCAUUGAGUUGGAUGGCCUUAUCCUGCCUCUGAGUGUGCCUGGGGGGGCUGCAACUGAUGGGUCCUGGUUAGGAGCACACCAAAAUGUGGCAGCUAUUUGAAGGAUUGUUGGCCCGUGAGAGAUGAUCAAACCCUUUGUGUUCCACACACACUGUGGAAUAUUUAAUGUUGCAUUAAGUUCAAUAGAGCAAGUGCUAAGCAAUGAGACUGAUUACGUUGUUUAUAUUUCUCAUGAUUGGAGCUGCCUUUACGUUGGAGCAGCUGGCAGUUACUCAUCAUAGCCCGGCCUGGAAUGGUUGAAGCAGAGAGCAGGAGACAAGUGGGAAAAUUUGGGAAUGGGAGGAUGCUGGUGUGGAAUGUAAACAACCAUUUGGGACAGUUUCUGUACCAUAAUAAUUGUUAGCACUCGUGGAUAAUUAAACCCUCCCCCACCCCCCACCCCCCGCCCCAAACUAGGAGGUGGAACCCUCCCCUUCACUUGAGUGAAUGGAUCUGUUCAUCUUCAGCUGAUUGAGUGGGACGGUCCACGCUGAAUCUCUCCAUCGGGGUUGGAUUCAAAGUCCUUCGGUGUUCUAUCCCAGCAACAGGGAGAAGAAUGGUUGAGCCAAAGAAUAGGUUUUUCCCCAUUGUAUUCUUUCCCUGAAAUGAGGUGGAAUCUCUGUCGUGUGACACUCCGGGGACGUUGGUAUUUCAGACUGUACAGGGUUCUGACUGUGUAUUGGCUCGGACUGUACGACAGUUUAGAAUAGCUGUCUGGCAUUUAGACAUUGAGUUCUUUUUGUAAAAAGUGGUGAGAAAACUACCUCCCAAACAACAAAUGCUGAUAACAAGGAGCCAUGAGAGAAAGCAGGGGAGAGACGACAGAAACCAAGCCUGACUAGCUUGUGAUGGAAGAUUUCAAUCUGUUCAGUAAGUCGAUCAUCUAGAAAACAUCGGUGAGAUUGGUGUUUGAAUCGAGAGCAAGAUGGAAGGGAGAAGGAGCGAUGGAGCUGCAGGAUAUAUCCUCUCAGUCCUGGUUGCCAUAGCAUCUCACAGAGAAACUAAGAGCUCCCCUCAAACUGAUUGCAGCUGAGCUUAAUUCUGGAUGUCUUCAGUGAUAGGCAUAGAGGGCCCCUUUUGUGGUGCAAUGGUAGCAUUCCUACCCCUGGACUGGGAGGUUUGGGCUCAAGUCCCACCUGCUCCCAACAGGUCAGUUAGGAAAAAAAUAGAUUAGUGGUAAACAGAGAAACAGGAAGCAGUUGUAGUCUGAGCCCUUUCCACUCUGGCCGUUACCUUGGUUUAGAAAUGUGAACCCUACUCUGAGAGACUGAGCGCAGACCUGAAACUGUUCCCACUCAGCAUGGAAGUGUGCAGCCCUGCAAAUGUGCAGGUUGUCCGGGCUGAUCACAGGAACAUAAACCAUUACUGCCUGCUGAAGCAAUCAGUGAGAUCCACCCUUCUUGUUCACAUGAUCUAUUUAACAUCACCUUUUACAGUAGGGAAUCCCCUCAUUGGUCAUCACUGUGCUAACAACAAGGUGACCCGUGACCUCAGUCACAAGGAGGAUUGCUACUGGGAAGAUGCUCAUUGGUCAGUGGGAGUAGAUUCACAGCUGAGGUGUUCCCUUGUUCACAGUGUGCCAUUUUAAAGUCAGCCCCUUCGGGGACUAUAACCAUUGGCCUCCCCGCUCCAUGACUUCCUGAUGCUGAGACCCAGGUCAGACUGUGUCAGGAACCAUCAGCUAAUGCUUAGCUGGAGGAGACGGGUAGCACUCACACUGUCUGCCUGUCUGACAAUGAUCCUGGGUUCCAGGGAGCAGUGAGCACUUAGAAUCCCCGCAGCAUGGAAGGAAUUGAUUCUGCACUGACUGUGAGGCAGAGCAUCCUACCCUAUCCCCAUGACUGUGUUUGGCCUGGCUAACCCACCUUAACUUGUACAUCUUGGAUUGUGGAAGGAAACCCACGCUAACACAGGGAGAAUGUGUAAAUGCCACACCGAUGGUCAACCGAGGGUGGAAUCGAACCCAGGCCCCUGGUGCAGUGAGGCAGCAGCGCUAACCACCGAGCCACCGUGCCAUCCUACUGGAUGCCAACUUUUUGGGCGCCCCAUAGAACAGGGCUCUGCUCACUCUGGGACAGAAUACUUUUUAUUGCAAAAUAUACUUUAUCCAUUAAAAAUCUUCAUGUACAUUCACAAAUAUUAAAGAGGUUCUGUCUAGCCUGCGCAUAUCAAGAUAAACAAACAUUGGAAUCUGACAAUGCCUGCUAUUGUAAAAUCCGAAGGCAUUUUUACUUAUGCAGGACUAUAUUUAUGUUCAUUUAUAUUUGAGGCCCUAAAUGGGUUUGAUAACUGAAUGGACCCUCGUUGUACUUUGAUCUUGGUCUUCACCCACUGCCAACUGCCCCAAGCUUUCGUGCAUCCUGCAGCACGUAGUCUGGACUUUGGAAUGUGCCAGCCUGCAAUACUCACUUGGGGACACCUCCAGGCUCUGGAAGUCCAGCAAGUUUCAGGCAGACCAAAGAGUGUCUUUCACUGAAUUGUUGGUCCUCCAGGAAGUGGCGUUGUUAGUUCUGGGUGUGUGUCCUGGGGAACAGACCGUAGAGCAGAGAGUCGUGCGUCAAGGAACUGCUCGGGACGAACCUCGACAAAACCCACUGCAUCUCUCUCCAGAGUUUCUUUAGAAAGGCACGUUCCUGCAGGAGGUGUGUGACUGCCUCUGCACCCCCUGCAGCCACUUUGAGGGCAGCAUGUGGUGGUACACACUGACUGGGUGUGCAUACGGGAUCUCCCAGGCAGGGCCUUUCUCACCACCAGCCAAGCAAUGUCCUGGUGCUUGUUGGAAAGUUCUGGUGAUUCUGCCAAAUGCUAGUCUGCUCAGGGAGUCACCUGGUAGGACCCACCCUCUCCUUUUCCCCUAGAGCCUCUGGGAUGCUACAUGCUGACAACUCCCUGAUGGACUUGUGCCCCAAGGGGUUUUCCUUUACAAAUUUUCCCCGAGAGACAGCUUACAUAGAAGAGCCUAAGUACUUGGAGCAUUCCACAGCAGCUAGGCCAGCCCCAUCCUCCCUAACAGUGGGGGCAUUAAAACCUCAAUACAAAGUGACACUUUGGUGACUGCGUACUCUCAGCUUGAUGCAGCCGCACACAAAGGUGGCCGUCAGGAGAAUUGGUUUAACUGGCAUCGUAACAAGAUCAGAUCCUGAAUCGAUUUCCCCUACUUCCACCAGGCUCUGCUCUUUCAAUCUGACCUCAUGCUUGGUGUGAUGAAAAUGUGAACAGAAACUCGGUUUGUUUGAUGUUGUUGAAUGGGGUCAGGCUCAAUGGUGACCUGUUAGUGACAGGAGAUGGUGUGAGGAACAGAGGCGGGGUUCUGAGGGCUCUGUAGCUAUCUGUGGACAAACCGUGAAAUCCAAACCUGAUGGAUAUGAUUUUCAAUGGUACAGAUCCUGGGGACAGGUGACUACCAAUUCAGUUGACCUAUAUAUGACAGUUACUGGUGACAAUCUUUAAUAGCCUGUGAUAUUCAGAAUCUUUUUAAAACACUAUGUUAGAGCGUGUUUUUGCAAAAUAUUGGAAUGUAAUAAAUGCAGAUUCCAUUGGU